GCUGAAUUAUGCUGUUCGAAUGGGACGUCGUCCUACAUUUGUAGAGCUAGAUGUAGGGCAAGGAUCCAUUUCAAUUCCUGGAACCAUGGGGGCCCUGUAUAUUGAAAGGCCAGCAGAUGUGGAAGAAGGCUUUUCAGUUCAGGCUUCACUUGUUUAUCACUUUGGCUCAACAGCUCCAGGGACAAACAUCAAAUUGUACAAUAAGAGCACUGUCAGUGAUGGUUGAAGAACAGAAGUCUGAGAAGCCUGUGGCGAAAUUUGACCUGGAGAAGGAAAUGGAACUACGGUUUGAAGUGGAGAGACAGGAGACUGUGCAGAUGGAGCUUAUUGCUGGCAUGACUGAAGUCUUUGGCACAGAACUGACCCGCAACAAGAAGUUUACAUUUGAUUCUGGCUCAAAGGUGGCUGUCUUCACAUGGCAUGGCUGCACAAUACAGCUGACAGGACGCACAGAGGUGGCAUAUGUAGCCAAAGAGACACCAAUGCUGCUGUACUUGAACUGCCAUGCUGCCUUGGAGCAGAUGAGGCAGCAAGCAGAGCGUGAGGAUGAGCGUGGGCCCAGGGUAAUGGUGGUGGGGCCUACUGAUGUUGGAAAAUCUACAUUGUGCCGACUGCUGCUGAAUUAUGCUGUCCGAAUGGGACGUCGUCCUACAUUUGUAGAGUUAGAUGUAGGGCAAGGAUCCAUUUCAAUUCCUGGAACCAUGGGGGCACUCUAUAUUGAAAGGCCAGCAGAUCUGGAAGAAGGCUUUUCGGUGCAAGCCCCACUAAUCUAUCACUUUGGCUCAACAACUCCAGGAACAAAUAUUAAGCUGUACAACAAGAUCACAUCACGAAUAGCCGAAGUCUUUAAUCAGAGGUGCGAGGUAAACCGCAAGGCAGCAGUAAGUGGUUGUGUGAUUAACACAUGUGGCUGGGUAAAGGGCUCUGGAUAUCAGGCACUUGUACACACUGCUUCAGCCUUUGAGGUGGAUGUUGUCAUUGUUCUGGACCAGGAACGCCUCUACAAUGAGCUGAAGAGAGACCUUCCUCACUUUGUCAAGACUGUGCUUCUUCCAAAGUCAGGUGGAGUUGUAGAGCGCUCAAAGGACUUCCGUCGAGAGAGCCGUGAUGAACGCAUCCGGGAAUACUUCUAUGGCUUCCGAGGCUGCUUUUUCCCACAUGCCUUUGAUGUGAAGUUUUCAGAUGUUAAGAUUUUCAAGAUUGGGGCACCCACCAUUCCAGACUCCUGCCUGCCACUAGGAAUGUCACAGGAGGACAAUCAGCUGAAGCUGGUGCCAGUGACACCAGGACGUGACCUUAUCCACCAUCUUCUAAGUGUAAGCACAGCAGAAAGUACAGAUGAGAACCUGGUAGAGACAAGUGUGGCUGGUUUUAUUGUAGUUACUGGAGUAGACACAGAACGUCAGAUUUUUACAGUACUAUCUCCAGCACCACGUCCUCUUCCAAAAAACAUUCUUCUGAUCAUGGAUAUCCGUUUCAUGGACUUGAAAUAGCAGCUUUGUCUGUUCAAAGAGCAAUGCUAGAUAUUAUUUUCAUUGUUUACCGUUGAACAAAUUAAAGUGUCUGCAUUUAAGGGUACUGCACAUUUCUGAAAUGUUAGCUGCCAGUUCUGUGUUGGUAUUUUAAGCAACCUUACUUUUAUUUGUAGAAAAUACGUGAUGACUUUUUAAAUGUUUUACUCCUUUCAAAUUACAUAUAGUUUGUACAUGUUAUGAAAAUGUGAAAAAAAAAGUAUUUAAAAAAGCCAACUGCAUUUUGAUAUUUUACCCACUAGACAACAGCUGAUAAAAGUAUUGUUAGAAUUUGUAAAACUGCAUUCUCAUUUGUUGCCAGUAGAUACAGCUGAUUUUUCAGUAUAUUUGCAGCCAUUGAAGCUGCUGUUCCUUCGAUACUAGCAUUAGUUAGUAACCCCCAUUCUGUGGUCCUGCCUUCCCUCCCCCAACCAUAUUUUCCAAAGUUGAACUAGCAUCAUUGUACAAGGGAUACCCUGGAUAGGUACUUUGGCCAGAAGACUUUCCUUCUGUGAAAUACUGACGUUCGUCAAAUGGCUAAAUGUUGCAAUUGUCUUCCAGUAUUGGACUUCGGUCACAAGAGGUCCAGUGUCUUGAGCUUUGCACCCUUCCCUCUCUAGGCCUGGCAGAUGCUUACCCAUAUCUGUCAGCACAUCUGUAGUAUAAGAGAAUCUUUCGACCUUAAAUAAGUAGUUAAAUAAUUUAUUAGAAGCUAGUAGAUAUGAUUGCUUCAUCAGGCCUGGAUGAGUAGUGCAAGCAUUAGAUACUCUGAUAGUCUUGAGUUUCUUAAUAGUGCUUUAUCUUAAUAAUUUGUAUUCUGUGUAUAAGCUUUAUCUUAAUAAUUGUAUUAUGUGUAUAAGCUGCUGCUGUGCCCUUUUCUUUGUUUUCUGCUUUAAAGUAUAAGUUUUGCAGCUGUAUCAAUUGAAUCUGUGUCCUCUCCUUACAAAAAAAACUUGCAAUUUCAGUUACUUUCUCUGUACUCUAGACUAGACUGACUGUCAUUUCUUAAAAAAAUAAAUAAUUUUUUGUAAUAACAUUUUUACUGCUU